UACAGGAAGUGAUUUGCAGUGUUCACUGAGCCUUUUGUUGAAAAGGGUCCUUCUCAUUUGUGUGAGUCAUGCUUUUGCUGUGAGCGAGUUGGCAGCUCUAAGCAGGACUGGAAUCUCUGUCAUAGAAAACUGUUACUUCACCCAACGUUAACGUGGAACCAUAAGAAAUUUCUUUAUAUGUAUUUUUCUUCUUCCUUAUGCUCUUUGCUUUUUUUUCUUUUUUUUUUUUUUAACCCCAAAAUCUUGUUGUCUGUCCGCGUUGUUAUGAAUCGCCUGCUAUGUUAGCACAGGCAUCUCCUGCGCUGGCAUCAGAUUUGCCAGAACAUAUGCAGGAAACCAGAUAGAAGGGCAUGCUUCAACGUACCAAGUAUAACCGCUUCAGGAAUGAUUCGGUGACAUCAGUUGAUGAUCUUAUUCACAAUUUGUCCAUGAACAGCAAGGUCUCAGCAGUUGCUACGACUUCAGCGGCACCUCCAUACCUGGUCUCGCCAGAGGUUCUCCGCAAGGACCAAGAAGAUGGACCCACCACCCUGUGCACCCUCAUCCAUAAAGUGUCCCACCUGAAACUCUCUAAUACAGGCAGCCUUUUGGGUAUCAGAAACCUCUCCUCUGCAGUAAAGGAGCUUGCAGUCUCCAAGUUGCAGGGAAGCUCGAGUGCUUCUAGCUCGGCAGCAGGGGCUUCAGACAACAUAUGUAACCUUGUCUCUGCCACUUCGUGUUCUCAGCAGGACGUGAGCAAGAUGAGUAUGGGGAAAAAAACACGGUCAGAGGAAAUGCACCCGGGAGGUGAAGACUGGAAUCAAAGUAGCAGCUUUGUCAAUAAACCCUCUCGAGGAUGGCUGCACUUGAGUGAGAAGAUCCUGGGACCUGGUGUGACGUACAUUGUGAAGUACUUGGGAUGUAUAGAAGUCUUACGCUCAAUGAGAUCACUUGACUUCAAUACUAGAACACAGAUUACAAGGGAAGCAAUCAGUCGUGUUUGUGAAGCUGUACCUGGUGCCAAAGGAGCCUUCAAGAAACGAAAGCCUCCAAGUAAAGUUCUUUCCAGCAUCUUGGGAAAGAGCAAUCUUCAGUUCGCAGGAAUGAGCAUAAUGCUGAAUAUCUCCACCACCAGCUUAAAUCUAAUGACACCUGACACAAAACAGAUCAUAGCAAAUCACCAUAUGCAGUCUAUUUCCUUUGCAUCUGGAGGUGAUCCGGAUACAACUGACUAUGUUGCAUAUGUAGCUAAGGACCCUGUUAAUCGUCGAGCUUGCCAUAUCCUGGAAUGCUGCGAUGGCCUGGCACAGGACGUCAUCAGCACCAUCGGGCAAGCCUUUGAGCUCCGGUUUAAGCAAUAUUUACGAUGUCCCUCUAAGAUGCCCACUUUCCAGGACAGGAUGCAGAGUUUUGAUGAGCCGUGGAUGGAGGAAGAGGGAGAGGUAGCUGAGCAUGCCUAUUACAACAACAUCCCCAACAAAAUGCCCCCUCCUGGAGGCUUCAUUGAUGCCAGACUCAAAGCAAGGCUUCCCACCGCUGCAGAUACAGCUCAGUCUGCAGCAGGAGUGGAAAGAGAGCAAACUUAUUAUCAGAGUCGACACCUGGGAGACAAGUUUGGUGAAGACUGGCAUCAUGGGGCUGUUAAACAAGACUCUUUGGAUAUUUAUAACAUGCCAGAAGGGAAAUCAGAAGUAAAUCCGACAGCCGAGAUGCCAACAUACGUGAACACCCAGCAUAUAAAUAUGGAGGCUCUCCUGGCACUUCAGGCAGAUGCUGAAAGUGCUUUCAGUGGAACAACAGAUAAUGCCAAAGAGAGCAGCCCAGGAAAGGACCUCUUUGACAUGAAACCAUUUGAAGAUGCUCUCAAGAGCCAAACGUCUGAGCCAGUGCUGAGUAAGGCCACCUCCAUUGAAUGCACCAGUCCUCUUUUAUCCAGAGCAGCAGACCGGACUAAGAUGGAGGAGCUGGCUACCGAACCUUGGUAUCAAGGAGAAAUGAGUAGGAAAGAAGCAGAACAACUGCUCAAGAAAUGUGGAGACUUCCUCGUUAGGAAAAGUACUACAAAUCCCGGCUCCUAUGUGUUGACUGGCAUGCAUAAUGGACAAGCCAAGCAUCUUCUGUUGGUGGAUCCAGAAGGAACUGUUCGUACAAAAGAUCGUGUUUUUGACAGCAUAAGUCAUCUCAUCAACCACCACCUUGAGAAUAAUUUGCCAAUAGUUUCUUCGGGGAGUGAACUCUGCCUGCAGCAGCCUGCUGAGAGGAAACACUGACUCUAGCUGACUUUAGCUUUUGCAACUUGCAAGCUAUCGCUGGUGAAAAUUGCAGAUCUGAAAACAUGCAAAUUAAAGAAAAAAAGCAUAUUCGUAUAUAUUUCACCA